AUGUCUGACGCUCUCGUGUGGCAAGUUGUGCGCAACAACAACAGCUUCUUGCGUUCUCAGCGCGGAAUCCACAAGAAGUUCUCCGUGGAGAAGUUCAACUUGAAGGGCGUCAACAGCCCUCGCUACAGUGGAUUGGCCAACAAGCGAGGAAUUGAUGUCUCUGCUGCUCCUUCUAAGAACGGAGUAGUCGUCUCUCUUAAGAACAACAGUGAGUUCAAUCAUAAAUUUUGCUUUUGCUUAAAUAUUUCUUAUAGAGGGCCAGCCUCUCAAGGCCGUUCAGUCUGUCACUUUGACCAAGAAGACUCUGAAGUCCGUCCGCAACAUCGCUAAGGGAUCUGGAUUCGGAAAGCUUAACAAGGUACGAAUAUUUUCAGUUUCUAAUUUUUCUCUUUUUUUUUAUAAUUGAGAUGUAAAAAAACUUUACGAAACAUGAGAAAAAAAUUUUUUUACAGCUCGCCCAACGCAAAGCCUCCGCUAUCCUUCUGUCGCAGAGACCCAAGAAGACCAAGAAGCACGCUAAAACCGAAGCUUGA